AUGUCCAACUACGGUUACGAUCCUCGGGGAGCUCCUCAACGGCCGCCACAACAACGGGGCUACGGCGAAGAGAACAACUACCAGCGAGAUGCCGCCUUCUCCAACAUCUUCGGCGCCGCUCCCCCGCCAGGGAGAUCACAGACCAUGACCUCGUCGUCCGGCAUGCCUCCGCCCAUGAUGGAGGGUCGCACCCAGACCAUGUCGUCCAUGUCGGGCAUGCAGCGGCAGCCGCCACCCCGUCCUCCUCCGGGUCAGUACGGCGAUCGUGAGUCCGGCAGGACUCGCACAAUGGACAGCAACAGUAUGGGGAAUGGAUACUAUGCCGGCCAACGCUCAGCGUCGGGCGGCCAGCAGAUACCGCCCCACUACAUGCAGCAACAGCAACAGAGGCGUCCCUAUCCUGGUCCCGGAGGGCCGGCACCUCCGCGUAUGGAGCAUAGAGGCCCGCCGCCAUCGCAAGCUGCGGGAGCAAGGACACCGGCACAGCGCUUUUAUCAGGGAGGGCCAGGGCCGGGCCCUGCCAUGAACAGUGACCCUUAUCGCUCCCAAUCUCUGGCAUCUGCUCCCCGACAACCAAUGUAUCAUCCACCUCCCAGCUCAUACCAGCAGUCCGCGAACCACUUCCGACAGGCUCCCUACUCGCACCAAAACUCGGCGAGGACGACAGCUCAAGGGCGGGUUGUGCCUGAGCGUCACGAAGAUCGUGCCAUGUCUUUGACUGGCAACUAUCACCCUCUGGGCGAUGCCCACCAGACAAUGAGCGGCCGAGUUAUCCCCAACCGACGAGCACCAGGAGAACUGCCGACCACCAACGGAUACUCCAAUUCGCACCCUCAGGCCCCAGGAGCACAGACCCGUACUGCCAGCAUGGUCUCUUCCAGCACUGGCGAUCACGGCAGGACAAUGUCCAUGGCCUCCACCAUAGCUCCGACCAUCACUCCCUCCGAGUCUGACGCCUCGACUCUUGUCCAUCGGCCUUCUAGAAGCAAGUCGAUCGAGAGCGAGCGUCCGCCGACCGCGACCAAGAUCCGACCGCCCCUCGUUUACCCGGCUCUGCUGUCACGAGUCGCAGAAUGCUUCCGCCGAAAGAUCAUCACGGGUGACCGCACCAAGAACGAGCUGACUUACAAGAACGCUUUCAGCGGUUCAGAGGCGGUCGACGUCUUGUCAUACAUCAUCAGAACCACGGAUCGAAACCUUGCCCUGCUUCUUGGACGAGCGCUGGAUGCCCAAAAGUUCUUUCACGAUGUUACGUACGAGCACCGGUUGCGAGACUCUCAGUCGGAAAUGUACCAGUUUAGGGAGACCCUGAUGGAUGAGCCAGAGGAAAAGCCUGCGGUCAAUGGUGUCUUCGUGCUCUUGUCUGAAUGUUACUCUCCGACCUGUACCAGGGAUCAGCUGUGUUACUCCAUCGCCUGUCCUCGGCGACUGGAGCAGGUUUCUAGGCUGAACCUGAAGAUUAACCCUGGCCUGCGGAAGGAGGAUGCGGCCAACGUCAACGACGAUGAGGCCGACCAGACAGACGAGCAGAAGCUCUGGAUCAACUCGGUUCCCAAGGAGGUUGCCGAGAAGGUUGGAGAGCGAGAGAAGAAGAGACAGGAGGUCAUUUCGGAGAUCUGCUACACGGAGCGAGACUUUGUCAAGGAUUUGGAAUAUCUGCGAGACUUUUGGAUCUUGCCUUUGCGAUCAAAGGCCUCGCCGGUGCCGAUCCAGCGCCGUGAAAAGGUGGUCAAGAACAUCUUUAGCAACAUUAUCGACCACCCGAGUAUUCACACUGUCAGCUCGCGGUUUGCUUCUGGUUUGACAACUCGGCAGCAGAAGGAGCCGAUCGUCCACAACAUUGGAGACAUCUUUUUGGAGUAUGUCCCGCAGUUUGAGCCCUUCAUUCUGUACGGUUCCAAGCAGCUGGAAGGAAAAUUCGAGUUUGAAAACGAGAGAUCGGUGAACUCGUACUUUGCCAAGUUCGUGGACGAGAUCGAGCGGCGCAAGGAAUCGAGAAAGCUGGAGCUGAACGGUUACCUGACCAAGCCUACGACGCGUCUAGCUCGAUACCCCCUGCUUCUGGAGAACGUGCUGAAAUACACGGAGGAUGGUAACCCCGAUAAGGAAGAUAUCCCCAAGGUUCUAACCAUGAUUCGAGAUAUCCUGGGCAGAGUCAACGCGGAAUCUGGAAAGGCUGAGAACCGAUUUAACCUGAGGAGGCUUCACGAGCAGCUCCGCUUCAGGGCCAACGAGAAGGUGGACCUUCGACUGACUGAGGAAGGCCGUGAGAUGGUGUUUAAGUGCCAGUUCAAGAAGUCGCCCACGGAUCCUGCAGAGAUUACGGCCUUCCUGUUCGACCACGCGGUCCUGCUGGUGCGUAUCAAACAGACAGGAAAGAAUGAGGAGAUUAAGGCAUACCGUCGUCCAAUUCCUCUGGAACUUCUUGCGAUCCGGGAAAUGGAUGAGGUGAUCCCCAAGGACGGCAAUAUGAAGCGAUCCUCGUCGAGCUUGAUUCCUUCAAUCCGGGCAAAUGCCAAUGACACAGCAAAGAAGGACGGCUGGCCGAUCACGUUCCGCCAUUUGGGCAAAGCAGGGUACGAGUUGACGUUAUACGCAGCGAACCAGGCAGCUCGACAGAAGUGGCUUGAGUUCAUCCAUAACGCGCAAGAACGCCUUCGAUCACGAGCCGACUUUUUCAACACGACAACCAUUACGAGCAAGUUCUUUGCUGGCACGAACCGUGUCAACUGCGUCACACCCUUUGAUGGCGGUCGCAAGCUGUUGUAUGGCACGGACAAUGGUGUUUACGUAUCUGAUCGAAAGGUCAAAGAUCAGGUGCCCAGGAGAGUGCUGGAAACGACCACUGUCACUCAGAUUGACAUCCUAGAGGAGUAUCAGCUGCUCUUGGUCUUGUCCAACAAGACGCUACAGUCGUACCCAGUGUCAGCUCUCAACCCCGACGAGCCGGCGACGGUGAGGAGACCUAAGAAGAUCCAGAACCACUGCAGUUUCUUCAAGACUGGCAUCUGCCUGGGUAGGCAUCUGGUGUGCUGCGUCAAGUCGUCGGCCCUAUCCACCACGAUCAAGGUGUUUGAGCCCAACGAUGCCAUGACCAAGGCCAAGAAGCAGAAGGGUAUCAGCAAGUUCAUGAGCGGAGGACACGACGAGCUGAAGCCGUUCAAGGAAUUCUACAUUCCUACUGAAUCGUCGUCGGUGCACUUCCUUAAGUCCAAGUUGUGCGUCGCCUGCGCCAGAGGCUUCGAGGUGGUUUCUCUGGAGACGCUUGAGACACAGUCGCUGCUUGACCAAGCAGACACGUCACUCGACUUUGUUAACCGCAAGGAAGGGGUCAAGCCGAUCCACAUUGAGCGUCUCAACGGCGAGUUCCUGCUCAACUACUCCGAGUUUUCAUUCUUCGUUAAUCGCAACGGAUGGCGAGCUCGACCGGAAUGGCGAAUCGACUGGGAGGGUACGCCUCAGAACUUUGCCCUCAGUUACCCAUGGAUCCUUGCCUUUGAGCCCAACUUUAUCGAGUUGCGUAACAUGGAGAACGGCGCGGUGCAUAUCGUACCUCGCAAGAAUAUUCGGAUGCUUCACAGCAGCACACAUGAGAUUCUAUUCGCACACGAGGACGAAAAGGGAGACGACGUGGUCGAGGCCAUUGACUUUUGGAAGAGCAACCGUAAGUCGGAGCUGCUCGGCUCAUAG